ACUGAACCCAGACACUUAAUUGCUGUUUUCUGUUGCAGGACAAAGUCCUCCCUGAGAAACAAAACAAUAUAUUUACCCCAACAGCAGCAACUCUUUCUCCUACAAAAGUUGAAGGUGCAGGUCAAGAAACUCUUCUUCUGCCAGUGGACCACUUUUGGUACAUGAGCCACGUCUACAAAGAAGAAAUCAAACACAUUGAAAGGAAGAAUAGAAUAAAAAUUGUGUCACAAAUCCAUGUGACGUUUCAAGCUGAACAGGAAGAUGGCAGACCCGAUGAAGCUCUCUGUGAGUUCACAGAGCUUUUGCAGAGCUGCUCAGCUGAAUCAGGCGAUGCAGUGAUUCCUCUCAAGUUUGUAGAUCCAGAUCAGUGGAGCGAUGCAUUGAAAGUCAUCAAGAGCAGCGACGACAAGCUAUUGCUCACUAUGUCAUCUGAAGAAGUUAUUGUUUGUGGUCCAAGGAAAAGCCAAGAGGAAUUUAGUGCAGUCCUGAAUGCAAUGCAGAAGACUCAGCUUCCAAUUAACAAGACAGCUGUCACAUCAACCGCACAACCGACCCAAGCCUGUGGUGAAACUUGGUUGGAUGGCUUACUAAAGCACUGCAGCCAGGAUUCUCCAAGGAAAGUGUACUGCAAACAAGCUUCACUGAUUCCACCGACAGCACAGCAGAAAGCUGAAGCAUCUAGCAAGAUGGAAUCAUCCGGGGACAGUAAGGAUGAUCUCUGUCCAAUAUGUUUGGAUAAGUUUAUCACAAAGAAGCAACUGAGGUGUAAACUCACAUUUUACAAUGAGUGUCUGGAAGGAUCAGUAAAACACACUGGAACCAUAUGUCCUGUAUGCAAAGAUGUGUUUGGUGUGAUGGAGGGAAACCAGCCUGAUGGAACGAUGACGUGGAACUGCCGUCCUUCAUCCCUCCCAGGGUUCUCGAGCUGCGGCCAUAUAGUCAUCACCUACAUGAUCCCAAAUGGAAAACAGACGGAAAAGCAUCCUAAUCCUGGACGGCCAUAUCAGGGGACCAAAAGAACAGCUUAUCUUCCGGACAACGAAGAGGGCCAAGAGGUGCUGAAACUGCUGAAAAAAGCCUUUGACCAGAAAAUGAUUUUCACUGUUGGGACGUCCAGAACAACCGGGUUGGACAACCAGGUGAUCUGGAAUGACAUUUCUCACAAGACAUCCAUGACAGGAGGACCACAGAAUUUUGGAUAUCCUGACCCGGAUUACCUGAGCCGAGUGAAGGAGGACCUGAAAACUAAAAGCAUUGAGCGACUCUGACAGAAAGAAGGCUACUUAUGUCAUUAUUACAAAAAAAAGAAAUUAAUGUAAUCAAUACAUAAAUUACUGGAAUCA